CCCGAGGAGCGAUGUCCGGUCCUGUGACGGACCCGAGCCGGGCUCCGGUGGCCUUCGGCCUGCGGGCCGUCCCUCAGCUGUUUGAGGAGCUGCAGCAGCAGGAGGUGGGGAGGAAGAGGAGGAGGAGGAGGCAGCGGGCCCUGAACUCACUCUGUGACCUGAUGCACGACCCGGAGAGGAUCUACCAGGCCGUUACCGGAGGUUUUCUGGAGCAGUUGAAGGUUUUGUUUGAGGAUGAAGAUCCAUCAGUCAGGACAAAAACCUGUGAGCUGCUUCACCUGCUGAGCGCCCACAGCAUCGGCAGACAGGCCCUGCUCUCCUCCUCCCUCCUCCCUGCUCUGUCUCAGCUGUUGGACGACUCCUCGUCCUCCUGCAGGCUGAACGUCCUCCGAGUGUUGAACCGCCUCACUCUGCUGCCUGCAGGUGCAGAAGCUCUCCUCACUCUGGUUCCUACACUGAUGCUGAAGCUCAGAGAGGUGAAGGAGGAGGAAGAGGAGGAGGAAGAGGAGGAGGAAGAGGAGGAGGAAGAGGAGGUGCAGGUGCUGCUCCUCUCCACCCUCAGCUCCUGCUCCAGGCUGGACCCUCGACUGGCUCUGGCCUCUGACGGUGUCUCUGUGCUGGGCCACAAACUCUCCCACCGCUCCCCGAACAUCCGCAGAGAGGCAGCUGCCGCCAUGAUGGCCCUCAGUGUUUGUGAUGAUGGGAAGCGGCAGGUGUGUGAGGAGGCGGUACUUCCUGUCGUGGUCAACCUGCUGCAGGACGAUGACGUCGAGGUUCAGGCCAACGCUGCAGGAGUCAUCAUGUACACCGUCAUCAUCAUCACAGGUAAGCAGCAGUGUCUGGAUCUGAACGUUGUCCCCGUCCUCCUCGACCUGGUGUCCAACAGCGAAGAGGAGGAGGAGGAUAAGGAGAGGAGGAAGAGGAGGAAGGCCCUCAUCAUGUACUCCCUGCGGGCUCUGACCGCACUGGCUGAAGCUCCGGACGGCCGCAGCCUCCUGCUGGAGCAGCUCCCCCUGCUGGUGAGGAGGAGCGAGGCUGCAGAGGAGGACCAGGACGUCCGGCGGGCUGCUCAGACCGCCGUCAGGGUCGUCACCUGGACUCCCUGAGAGGACAGAGACAGAACUGCGGGGUCAACAUCAGCUGAUCACAGAAUAAAUACUGUAAAUAUUCUGAUUAAUUUAAUAAUCAUAUUAUUAUUGUAGUAGUAUCAAUGCAAAUAUUCAUGAUUAUUAUAUUAUCUUCAGCACAUGAGGAGCAGUGUGGAGCUGAAACUGGAAACGGAAUUUUUUUGUAAGUCAUAAUCACGUUUUUAACAAAUAAUGCAACAUUUAGGAUCAAUAAUAUUUCCUGUUCACUUUUUUUUUUUUUAAAUAUAAAAAUCGCUACUGACAUUAUUUAUUUUUAUUUAUUUCAUUUGGAUCAUCAGCAGUGAUCUCAUGUCCCCCAC